CGUGUUCUUUUCUCUGUAUAUCGUUUCCCUCCCCCCUGCGAAGUUCGCAUCUUCGGCCGCUCUUUUUGCAGCCACCAUGUGCCCUUUUACAUGCACUUCAUGACCGCGCUGCUAAAUAAACCCCCGGGGAUGCGUGCAGUGCUGUCACGCCCGUCUUUUCUCAGUUCUGGAUACCGUUACUUCCUCUCUCGGCCAUGCCUACCUACUCUCGUUCCCCGACGCGUCGUCGUAACCUCGUCGUCCCGCACGGCACCCAUCGAUUUACCCAAAACUCUCAUUCCCCAUGGCUCUGCACUCCAUAACUCCUUGUCCACUUUUCUCGAGCACGCUGCUAGGAGGAAUCUCAACCCCGAAAGCACCCUUUAUGUUGGCACCCUAUACGAGUAUCAGGCCGCCAAAACACUGAGGCGCUUCGGAUUCGCCCUCACCCGCACCGGCCGCAAAUCCGACGCUGGCAUUGACCUUGCCGGCUAUUGGUGUCUUCCUACCUUUCGCGAACCUCUCCCCGUUAUUCUCCAGUGCAAAUCCAGCUUUUUACCCGCUAAUCCUGCCCACAUUCGCGAACUAGAGGGUUCCAUGAAGAGUAUCCCCACCGAGUGGCACCAGAAAGAUGUCUUAGCCCUGCUUGUAUCCGUUCCUGCCGCAACCUCCGGUGUCAUGCACGCCAUGAGCAUGAGCCGCCAUCCCUUGGGAUUUCUCGGAAUCACCCGCGACGGCACAAUCGAACAGUUUUUCUGGAACCGCGCCGCUAGCGAGCGGGGCCUGGAGGGCGUCGGCGUUACUGUCCGCCACACACCCACAGUCCUCCUGCCCGGUCCAGAAGAUUGGGAGAAAAAGGGCCCGCUCGGCAAACGCGAGAAUGAUCGUGGUCUUCGAUCUCGCGUCGCCAACAAAUUCCGCGGGACGGGCACCAAGAAAGAUAUCCAACUGACUUGGCUCGGUUCGCCCAUCAACUCAACCCUCCCCGAUGAUUGUAUUCCACAAGCCCCCGAGUUUUUGCCCAACGUUGUUCGUAAGACGACCUCAACGACCAUUAAUGGAAAGAAACGAGGUCGACGCCCAGGUUCCAAGGAUAGCGUAAAACGCGUUCCUCGCGGUACCUAUACGUCAAAGAAAAUGCCAAAAGUGAGGAAAGAUGAGGCGGCGGGCUGA